AUGGCUGAUACUGAUUCUACCACGGGUUCUCCAAUUGGCGACACCACUAUGGUUCCCCCGCCGACGGCGCCGCCGACGUCCUCCCCUGCCAAGUCGGAUUUCCAUCCGGCCCUUGCUGUCACCAAUAUCAAAAACAACAUUCCUUUUAAACUCGAGAUAGACAAGGAUCAUUAUGCUAUGUGGGCUGAAUUGUUUGAGACUCAUGCUCACGCCACUCAGGUGCUCCACCACAUCAUUCCUCAAGCUGACAUGGAGCCUCCUGCGCGCACCGAUGCUUCCUAUGCUCGGUGGGCCACUCUUGACUCUACCGUCAAACAGUGGAUUUAUUCCACCAUCUCCUUCGACCUUCUCUCCACUGUUAUGGAGAAAGGUUCUACUGCUAUGGCUACUUGGAACCGUAUAGCUUCUAUGUUUGAGGACAAUCAGAACUCUCGUGCAGUCGCUCUCGACCAGGAUUUCAUCUCCACUCGCAUGGAGGAUUUUCCUAAUGUUUCAGCCUAUUGUCAGCGUCUGAAACAUAUCUCUGAUCAGUUGCGGAAUGUUGGUGCCCCAGUCAGUGACCAUCGUCUUGUUCUUCAGUUGGUCUCUGGUCUCACUGAGCCCUUUCGUGGUGUUGCCACCCUGAUCCGUCAGAGCGAGCCUUUGCCACCUUUCCUCAAGGUCCGCUCCAUGUUGAUUCUAGAGGAAUCUGGUCUCGCCAGGAUGUCAGGUCCGGCCUCUCAGACUGCUUUGCACACCUCUGCUUCCCGUCCACAGGCCUCCGUUGACUCCUCUCAGCAGCGCCCCACCUACCGCAGCGAUCAGGGCUACUCCAACCAUCGUUAUGGGUCAGGGCACAAUCGCAAUUAUCAGGGUGGUUCUGGUAAACCUAAGAAGAAAGGUGGCUCCCGUUAUCCUGGAUCAUCUGGCUCCUCUGGUUCCUCUGCUGCAUCUCCUCCACCCUGGCGCCCACCACCGCAGGCAUCCUGGAAUCCCUGGGGUUGGGCUCCUCCCCCUGGUUGGGCUCCUUCCCCUUGGGGCAUGCCUCCUUGUCCUUACCCCACAUCUCAGUGGUCGCGUCCCAUGAGUGCUCCGCAGCAACCCAGCGUUUUAGGUCCGCGUCCUCAGGCCUACACCGCUACUGCUUCUCCAGCACCCACUGAUAUCGCUGCUGCCAUGCACACCAUGUCUUUGACUCCUCCAGACACCACGUGGUACAUGGACACCGGCGCCUCGUCCCAUACUGCGGCAUCUCAAGACGGGGAUGCCUCUCCUGAGAUGUAACAGCCUCGGCGACCUCUACCCAGUCACUCGUUCCUCUCCCUUUGCUGGUCUUGCUUCUAGUGUCUGGCACAAUCGACUUGGUCAUCCAGCUUCCUCAGCUUUAAAC